AUGUAAAGAAGAAAUGAUUUAAAUUUUAUUUCCCUUAAGGGGGAUAUUAGAGCUUCAAAUAACUAACUUCGAGGUGGAGGGUGUGGUUUAUCCAAAUCAAAGGGGAUAAAUACAAAAGAUAUAAUAAUGCCAGAGAGUGAAAUUCCUUUUGAUUUUUUGAAAAAAUUGAACGACAACGUUAGUAUAAUAAUUGGGAAGGCCUCUUUAAUAUUAGAUUAAGGAUAAAAGGUUGAAGUUUUAAUGGCAAUUCAAUGGAUUUUUCAUAAUAGGGAACAUUUGAAUACUUGUUGUUUUUCUAAAAAAUUAACAACAUCUAUUUAUAAUUUAGUGCUCAACAAUUUUGAAAAAAUCUUAAAAAUCCUUCCAAUUUAUUUAAGGACUGAUUGGUAUCUAUGUUAUCAAGUGCUAUAAAUUUGCAAUGAAUUGGCUCUCAUAAUCUAUUCAUUUUAACUAAAAAAUGAUGAAUGCGGAUUUCUAGCUUAAAUGUUAAAUAAUGAUAGAAAUUUUUAAGUGCAAAAAUAAUAAGAAUAUUUAAAUGACCUUGAGGAAUUUAAAACUUAAUUAGAAAUUGAAAAAGCAAAUGUUUGGAAAUGCGGAAUUGAAUUUGAAUUAAAUCUAAUCAGAAUAAUGUUAAUUAAUGCUAGUACUAAUUCAUAAGAGGGUAAAUAAUUACUGAUUGAUAUUAUAAAAAACAUUGGUUAAUCUAUUAUCUCAAUGUCACCAACUGAUGAUUUAAUCCCAAGUUUAAUGAAUGGAGCAAAAUUUUUACUUCUUAAAUUUAAAAAUAAAGUAUUGUAUCCUUUAGAAGUUUAUGCAACUUUUUAUUUAUUUUAAACUAUUAAAUGGUCAAUUAUAAAACAGUUAAGAUCUAAAUAUUCCGUUUAUAAAUAAAUUAAGUAAUUAAAAGAUACAUUCUAAGAAUAUAUAUUAUUAUCAGAUAAUUGGAUUUUACAUUCAUGUUGGAUUAUGAUGAUUGUUGAUAUUUUAGCUUACAGACCAAUUAUUAAUAAAAAUGCCAUAAUUACAACUACAAUUGAAUAAUAUUAAAAAUGGAAUAAAUUAAUUGAAGAAGGAUUAAUUCAUUGUGUUUCUUAUAAUCCAAAUGAAGCCUAAAUUGUUUUAUUUGUAAAUUAACAAAGAAACUGUGAUUAGGAUCUAGUAAAUUUGUUAGAAGCUAAAGGCAAAAUAAAAUUAGAAUUGUUUUAAUUAUGUCUCUUAACUGGGGAUUUAACAUAAAAUUUUAAUAUAUGGGAUUUCUAUAAGAAUUUCUCAUUUUAAAAAAACAAAUAAAUUCAACAGAAAGAUUAUGAAAUUCUAUUAGCUAAUAAUGAAUUAGCUAUUUUAGAAAAGUCUUAUUUUUAUUUGAAAUAGUCAAAAGAUGAACUAUGUGCUAAUUAAUUAUAAAUUUUAGAAUUACUAAAUGAUGAAUUUUUAUAAUCAUAAAAAAAAGAACUUUCAAAAAAAUUAUACUAAGAUGAAUUAAAAGUUCUUUUAAAACAGUUUAUAAAUUCAUAUAAAAAAGCAAUUUAUCACAUAAGAAUCAUUUAAGAAUUUAUGUUUUUUGAAUAAUACAAAUUAGAUUUGCUUACUCCUUACUUUGAUUUUUUAGAAUAUACACCAAAAUGGAAAUUAAAUUAGAUUCUGAAGAAAAUUCAAGACACUUUCAAAGAAUAACUUGAAAAUUUUUAAAUGGAAUUUUUUAAAGAGUACAUAAAAGCUGUUGAAUAUGUUAGUUAAAUUUCUAUCACCAAUCUCAGCUUAUAAUAAAUAGAAAGAGAAAAUCUAAAUGUUAUUUGUUAAAAAUUUAAGAUCCAAAAUUUGUAAGAUUUAUUUAAUGGUUUUGAAACAUAAUUUGAUUAAUUUAUAAAGAAUAUUAGAAGUUUUACAAAUAAAUUUAUCGAAUCAGUUCCAGAAAAGAAUAGCAAUUUGAUUUGUUUUAAACGGUAGGGGAUGCUUGAUUUUUUGAUCUCAACUUCUUCUAUCAAUUGGAUUUAAAAAUUAAUAGAAAUUACUAGAAAUUCGUUUUUAUAAAUAUUUAAGGAGCUCGAUGUUGUAAAUGAAUAGAAAAUUGAUACUAUAUCUGAUUUAAAUAAUAAAUUGAUAAAUUGUAAAAGAGAAACAAUUAUUGCAAAGACUUUAAAAUAAAUAUUGUAAGCCUAAUAUUAUAGAUUAUAAAUUUUUAGGGAGAAAUUUAAAUUAGAAUAGAUACCAUUAGAAUAAUAAAUUGGAUAAUUGGAUUAAUAAUUCAUACUAAAUUUGAUUGAUCUCAUUAGGUAAGAAAAAGAAAAAAUUCAGGAUACAAUUAAAUAAAAAGAAACAGAGGAUUAAGAAUUAAAUUUCGAAAUAAAAAUUAAAGAGAUUCUUAAAAUGAUUAAGAAUGAUUAUACGAAAAUAUUGAAUGACGAUUAAUAAAUUAAUAAUGAAACCAUUGGAAUAUAUUAAUCCGCUUUAGAUUUAAUAUCAAAAGCAUAAUUUAACUUAUUAAAAGUUUUGAAUUAAACUGGCGAAAAAAAAUGCCUAGCUAAAUUAAUUAAAAAAUAUGAUGAUUUUAUUAAUUCCAAUGAGUUAGUAUAUAAGAAGAAAUUGGAUUUAGGCGAAAAAAUAUUUCAAUAGAAAGUCAACGAUAAAUCUAAUAAUGUAUUUUCAAAUUAUUUUGAUUUUUAUUAAAAAAAGAUUAAUUCUAAUUUAGAAAUUAUUUAAGGUGCUUACAAACGUUUAAAAUCUUAUAAAUCAAUGAUAUCACUUGGAUUAGAUAUUAUUUUAAAUUUAAAAGAAAAAAAUAUAGAUUUAAAUACUUAGAUAGCAAAAUUAAAAGUUAAGAGUAAUAAAAUAUUUUAAAAUUUUAAUGUAGAAGAAUUUAUAACAAAACUUGACGUUAUAAAUCGAAAUGAUAAAGUUUUGGAAGUUUACGACUAUUUUGAUAUUUAAUUUACAUUGGAAUAUUUUAUUACAUUCUCAGAUAUUUAAUCUUCGCAUGAGAAUUGUAAAUCUUAAACUGUGGAUCAUAUUUAUUUAUCUAUUUUAAAAGAUUUAGAAUAAUAAUAAAUAGAAAUAAAAGCAUCUAUAUUGGAAAUUUUUGAUUUAAAAACUCCACAUAAAGUGAAAGAAUUUUUAGUAUUUAAUUUAAUUCGUCUUUAAUAUAGUGUUUAAGAGAAUUGUAUUACUUAAUUUUCGUCUAAAUUACUCUAAUAUUUAUGGAUAUUUGAAAAAGAUUAGAGAGUUAGAAGUUUAUUAAAAAAUAAGGAAAUGAUAGAAAUGUAAAAAUAAUUAUUCUCUUCAAAUUUAUAAUCGUCAGCAGAUUAAAUUAAGUAAGAAAUGAAAUAAAGAAUAAAUAAUCUUGAAAAUUUGUAAUAGGAAAUUAGAUUAGAAGGAAAUUUAACAAUAAGAGAUUAGAUCUAAAAAAAAUUAGAAAUAGCGUAUGAGGAACUUGAUUAAUACAUAGAUAAUUUAUCAGAAAUGUCUUAAAAGAUGGAGAUGAGUUUGCAAUUUCUUAAGGAUAUAUAAAAGGAUGUAAAAUUUAUAAAAAAUUAAAUGGAAAAUUUAUAAAACAGUUUAAAUUAGGUAGGAGAUGAUAUAAGAAAGUUGAGAGGAAAGAAAUAUUAUGAAUUAUUGGAAAUAAGAAAAUAAAAAAUUCUAUAAUAAUCUAAGAUAUUGGAAAUUGAUUCCAUUUAUGUAUCAGUAAAAACAUUAGAAUUUGAUCCAAUAAGUAGUAAUAUUAAAAAAACACAAUAAGGCAAAUAAAUAUCAUAAUUACUAAAUGAUGAUUAGUAUAAUUUUGAUGGAGAAGUAAAUGAGUUUAUUUGGGAUGAAAGCGAAACGAAAGAUGUGAUGUUAUUGUAAGGUAGUGCUGGUUCUGGUAAGAGUAGAGCAGCCAGAAAAAUUGAAGAAUUUAUUUGGAAUUUACAUGGAAAAUCAUCAAAAUGGAUACCAAUUUAUGUAUCUCUUCCAAAUUUAAAAAAUCCAAAAUACAAUUUAUUCUAAUAAGCUUUAGAAUCUGAGAAUUAUGGAUUUGAUAAACAUCAAAUAGAAGAGUUUAAAGAAGCAAUAUAAAAUAAAUAAGAAUUCAUUUUAAUGAUAUUAGAUAGUUAUGAUGAAAUGAAACAGGAAUGUGUUUAACAAAAUCUAAUAUUGACUAAUAAGCUUAUUUAAGAUCUAAAUAUUGAUAAAUAAUAAAGAUAACUUAAAGUAAUAAUCACUACAAGAAAAGAGAUACUGAAUGUUGUUGGAUAUUAAACAUGGUUUUAUGGAGAAAGUCUUGAAAGUUUGAAAGAAGUCUAAUUAUAAAAUUUUGAUUUAGAUCAAAUAUAAGAUUAUUUAAGAAAAUAUGUUGAAUUAAGCGUAAGGAGAAAGAUCAAAUAUAUCUAUGAAUUUAUAAAGUAUUCAUAAAAUUCAACUUUUGAUCUAAAAGAGUUUUUAGAAAUUUGGCAACUUAUUGAGAAAUAAGUAAAAUGUGCAUCAGAAGAAACUAAAUAAACAGAUGAAGAGAUUUUUAGAAAAUAAGAUUUAGAAAGUUUACUGCAAAAAGUUACAUCUCAUAAAACUUUAAAAUGUUUAAAGGAAGAACAUAUAACUACGUUAAGAAAGGAUUUAGAGCCAUUAUGGAGUGUAAAUAAAUUUGAGAAGGCUAUAAAAAAUAUAGGUAUUUUAGAUCUUUUAACUACGCCUUUCAUGUUAGAAAUAAUAGUAUAGGUUUUACCAAAUAUGACAAAAUAGUAUAAAGGAUCAAUAGAAAUAAAAAAUUUAUUUAUAUAAAACUAUAUAAAAAUAAUUAAGAAAUAGAAAUUAUCAUAGCAAUUAAGAAACUUAGAUAUGCAGAGUUAAGAUUUUUAUAAUCAAAACGAAAACAAUAAAAGUUAUUAAAAUUAAGUUAAUGAUGAUGUUUAACAAGUGGAUUAAAAUGAUUAUGAAAAAAAAAAAAUAGAUAGUUCUGAGAAAGAUAGAAAAAAAUUGAAUGAAAUUAUUGAUUAAUUAGAUAGAAAAAAUUUCUUUUCAUUUUAUUCAAUAACUAGUGUUUUAAUUUCUAAAAAUAACUCAAUUUAGGUAGAUGACAUAUAAUUUGAUUUUGAGAUGGAAGUCGAUACUGUUAUUUAAGCAUUAAAAAUGUAAAAAUUAACUAUAUUUGAAUUUUAUGAUAGUUUCAUAAAAUUUUAUCAUUAUUAAUAAAUGCAAAAGUAGAGGGAAAAAGGUACAAUUCCAAACUAUGAAAGUUUUGAGUUAGAUAUUUAUUAAUUUUCAUAAUCUUUGGCUUUAGAUAUGACAAUAAGAGAUUUAUCUUAAGUAAAUUAUAAAUAAAAAGGAAAAUUAGAAUUAGAGAGUAAGUUUAGUAAUUUUUAAAAUGUUGAUGAUUGGCCAAAUUAAUAUUUUAGUCAUAAUUUAGUUGAUAAGGACUACAAUAAAUUAAUAAGAAGUUGUAUUCUUGUAAAUGCUAAAGGGAGUACUUAUUCAUUUAAUCAUAAAUCAAUUUAAGAAUUUUAUGUUGCAAAGUAUAUUUUGGAAUUAAUUCUCUUUUUCGACUGUGAAAUUUCACUUGAAUCCUUAUAAAAAAUUGAAAAAGAGAAAUAAAUUUUAAUUGGUUCUCUAUAUAAUCAAAUUAAAUUAAAUAUAUCAAAAGAAAAUCAAAUAGGAAUAUCUAAUUUUGUUAAAGAGAAAUUGUAAAAUAUUGAAGGCAUAAAUAAUACAUUAAUUAAUAUAGUUAAACUUUCUAGAGAUGAGAAAUUUAAAUGUGCUGCAUCAAAUAGUAUUUAUAUGUUAAAUUAAUUAAAUGCCUAAUUAGAAUCAUAAGAUUUUAGUUCAAUUUAAUUAUCAGAAACUAAUAUUUCAGGAUUAAGUUUUUUUAAUAGUGAUUUAAGUAAUACUAAGUUUGAAAAAGUAAAAAUUAAUUCAUGCAAUUUUAAUUAUGCUGAUCUUACUGGAGUAGUUUGGGAAGAAAUAAUUUGUAAAGAAAAACCUUAUUUAUAAGGACAUCAAUCAGAAGAUUUAAUUGCAUAAUUUUCACCUAAUGGUUAUUUGAUUGCUUCUGGAGGCUUAGAUAAAUAACUAACUCUUUGGAAUACUGAUAGUUAUGGAUAAAUUAAAUAAUUUGUAGGUCACACAAAUAAUAUUAAUUCUAUCUAAUUUACUUCUGAUAGUAAUAGACUUAUAUCUUCUAGUGAUGAUUUCACAAUUAAGUUAUGGGACAUAAGUAAUCCCUAAUAGCCCUAAUUACAAGUUACAGUAUAAAAUGAUAGCGCCGUUAAACAAAUUGUUCUUUCUUAUAAUAAUAAAUUGUUAAUUUCUAGAAGCGAUUAAAAUUUUAAAUUAUGGAACAUGCCUAAUCUUUAUUUGGACUGGGAUACAACACUUAUAUAAGGAUAAAAUGAUGGUUCAAAAAUAUUUGCUUACUCUUCAGAUGAAACAAAAAUGGCUAUUGGUAAAAAUGAUUCAACUAUUUUAAUAAUUAAUCUUAUGACAAAAAAGGAAUAGAAAUUGAUUGGUCAUAUAGGAAAUAUUUAAGCAUUAGCAUUCGCUCCUGAAGGAAAAAUUUUAGCCUCUGCAUGUUCAAAUUUCCAUUUAUUUAUAUGGGAUUUGAGUUCCUUUAACUUAAUUCAAGUGCUUUUAUAUAAUUAAUUUUAAAUCAAUCAGUUGGCUUUUAUUUAAAAUGAUAAAUCGAUAAUAGUAAAUUGCUACAAUAGCUUAGCUUUAAUAGAAUUGGAAAAAUUAAAAACAUUUGAAGAGAUUUCGAUUAAUUAGUGCUAAAUUGCUUAUCUUUCUUAAUUUGAUGAAAUUUGUAUAUUAGGAUAAGAUAAUUAUAUAGCAAUUCUAGAUCUCAAUACAUUACAAAUAAUAAAUAGCUUUGAAUGUGAAUUUAUAGUGAAAUCAAUAUAAAUAUCAAGUGAUUCUUUAAAACUAUCUACAUAAGGAAACUCUUAACUAAUAAUCUGGAGUUUAUAAACAUUACAACAAUUGAUAAAUUUGAAAGACUAGAGAUUUUAAACAUUUUAAUAUUUGAUUUAUUUAAGAGAAGAUAACAUAAAUGAGGAUGUAUUUGAGCUUUCUUAAAAUUUUUAAUUUGGUGUUAAUUAUACUAACAAAGAUGCAAGAAUUUUUAAUAUUUAAAAAAUAGCUUAGUCAAAUAAUUUUUAAUUUAAUGUACUAUAAGACACAAAUUGUGAGAAAUUUGAUUUUACAAUAAAUUUAAAUUAUGAAAUUUUAGCUUAUCAAACUUAAGAUGAUCAAGUAAUUCUGUUUGAUAUAAAUAAAAAAUAAUAUUUAGAUAUUUUAAAAUUAGAUCGAGAUUCAUUUAAAAGUUUUGUUUUUUCUCCUUCACAUAAUAUUUUGGCAUCAGCACACUAUAGUAAAAAAAUUAUUUUAUGGAAUUUAGAAAAAUAACCAUAUUUAAGUUAAGAAUUAGUUUCCUUCUUUUCAUAAUAUUAAUUAAAGGAUUUUAAAUAUUCUUAUGAUGGAUCAAUGUUGAUCCUUUUAGAUUCAAUUUCAGCAAUAUUUAUAUGGAAUUCAUUUGAUGGUGUUCUAAAAUAUAAGAUAGAUGAAAACUAUAAGAUAGAAAAAGAGAUAACUAUAUCAAUAAACAAUUAAUAUAUAGCAUAUAUAGAUAAUCGAUAAAAUGAUAAAUUAAUAAUCUGGAAUUUUUCUUUAAAGAAAGAAGAAAAUCUUUUGAAAGAAAACAUUUGUGAUGUAAAUAUAAUCAAGUACUUUCUUAAUUAAAUGAGAUUAUUUUCUUGUAGUCAUGAUUAAAAAGUAAUUUUAUGGAAUGCAAUUGAAGGAACUGUUGAGUAUUAAAUAAACUGGACUGGUGAAUAUAUUACUUAAGUUUGUUUUUCAAAAGAUGGAAAUCUUAUGGCUUGGGCUGAGAAGGAGAUAAUUCAUUUAUGGGAUUGUUCAAAACUAGAAAUUUAAAUGUUAGGAUGUGAAAAAUUUUAAGCUGAAAUUCAUAGAUUGAAUUUCUUCGGUAAUUAGAAUAACUUAAUUUAUAAAUUGAGGACAUAAAUUAUUAGCCUUCCUCAUAAUGUUGUAAAUUUAGAAUCGGUGAUUAAGUUGAAUGAAUAACAUUCAAAAUCAUAAUUGAGUUCAUUUUCUCAAAAUGAUUAGCUCUUUGCUAUUAUUUAAUCUUACACAAUCUAAAUAUAUUUAGUUAAAGGAUGGGCAUUAUAUAAAACUUUAGUUGGAGUUUCUGAUAUUUAAAGUAUUAUUUUUUUUUCUAAUGGGAAUUAAUUAAUUUCCUCGAAUAUGUAUGGAGAUUUUACCAUUUGGAAUGUUCAUUCUAGUUAAAAAAUAGUUACUUUUAAGACUUAUACAAAUUUAAAAAAAUUAUAUCUUACUAAUUAUGAUAAACUAUUAGUGUUAGUUGGAGAAGAAAUAAAAAUUUGGAAUAUAGAAAAUACCAAAGAUAUUAAAUUAUGUGGACUGUAUUCAAAAUAAUUUGAAUAAAAUGUUGAUUUUUCUAUCAAAAUCUCUCUCAAAAAAGAUUAUUUUUGCUUUAACCCCACUCCUAGAAAGUUCAUCAUAAAGUAAUUUAAAGAAUAAGAAGAUAUAAAAUUUUAUUAACAUUCAUAUAUUUAAAAAUUAUAAAUAUUUGGAGAAAAUUAAUUAUGUUUUAUUUGGGAUGACAAAAAUAAUCCCAUAAUAUUAUCUCUAAAAAAUGAAUAAAUAUUUAUGAGAUUAAAAGAGAUCACUAUAAAUGGUGUUUUAGAUCUAUUUAAAAUUUAAGAUAUAACCAUUUCUCAUAACUAAUAACUAUUAGCAGUAAAAGAACACUCUCAAAUUUUAAUAAUUUAGAUUUAGGAGAGAAAAAUAACAUGUUUACAGACAUCCUAUGAUUCAUUUGGAAACAAUCUUUUUUUUAAUAACAAUGGAGACAUGUUAGUUGAGGUGGGCAAUCAAUAAAUAAGCCUAUAUUCAAUAAAUAAAAAAUUUGAAUUAAAAAUAGAUUGGAUUAGGAAUUUUUAUUAUAAAAUUAAACUUACAAAAAUUACUUAGAACAAUUCUUUUUUAUCAGUAUUACUUGAUUCAGGUGAGAUUUUAAUAAUUAAUUUGCUCGCAAAACAAUAAAUUGCUGAAAUACACUGUGAAAAUAUAAACUAGAUUGCAAUAUCUCUUGAUGAUAAAUAUUUAUUUGUAAUAAGUGAGAUUUUUUUGAAAAAAUUUGAUAUAAAUUAAUUGUCUUUUACUUAAUACAUAAAAUUAUCUUAAUAAAUAAAUUGCAUGACUCUAAUAAAUAAUAAUUAAAUCUGCAUUGCUGAUCAAGAUACAAUUUAUUUAAUAAAUUUAGGUUAAGAAAUAUAAUAAUAAGUAACAAUUGGUAAACCUUGCGAAAGUACUCAUUUAGCAUAUAAUCCUAAAUUAAAUUUAUUAGUUUCUUGUGGAAAAGAUAAAAAGAUUUAUUAAUGGAAUAUUGAAGCAAAGAGAAAUAUUGGAAUAUUUGAAGGACAUUAAGGUACGAUAAAUUCACUUAGUUUCUCCCCAGAUGGUUUAACACUUGCUUCUUCUAGCGAUGAUAAAUUAAUUAUAAAACGAGACGUUUAUGUUGUAAAUUAUGGAAUAUUGAAGCUAAUGAUUAAUUAGAUUUGAAGCAAGGACAUUAAGAAAGUGUAAAUUCAUUAGCAAUAUCAAAGGAUAGUUUAAUUUUAGCUUCUGGAAGUGAAGAUUUAAAUAUUAAACUUUGGGAUUUGUUAGAUAUAAAAUAUUUAAUAAGUUUAGAAGGGCAUACGAGCAAAAUUAAUUGUUUAGAUUUUUCAUAUUGCUCAAAGUGGCUUAUAUCUGGCAGUUAAGAUAGAACAAUUAGAUUAUGGGAUGUAAGAAAUCCGAAUGAUGCAAAAAUAUAAUAUGUAAUUAAUGAAGCCUUUUUUACAAUAAGUUGGGUAUAAUUUUCCCCAAAUGGUAAGACAUUUGCAACUAAGUUGUUAGAUGUUUUGUAUGAAAAGCAAGAACAUAAAAUUUAAUUUUGGAAUUUAGAUAAAAUUGGAAUUUAAAACAUUUAAAUAAAGCCACCUAAACUGAAAGCAUAAUAAUCAUGUUUUACUCAAAAUGAUGAAUACAUUUUUUAAGGGUUUGAAAACAAUAUUUAAACAUAUUAAUUAUAAACUUGCUAGUAUGAUUUAUUGGAUGGUCAUAAAAAUAAGAUAAUUUUUAUUGAUAGCUCAAAUGAUAAUACUAAAAUUGUUUCAAUAGAUUUAUAAUAAAAUAUGUUUUUAUGGAAACAUAAUAAAAAUAAAUGGGAAAUAUAAUCUAUAUCCCUUUUUGAACCUGUUUAAAACAAAGUAAUAUUUUCACCAGAGAAUACUAUUAUUGCAUCUUUAAAUGAAAAAUCCAUAACUUUAACAUAAGUCUAAGAACUUAAGUAAAUUGAAAUCAUCAAUGAAUAUAAUUUAAAUUCUGGUACAAUUAGUGUAUUAACUUAAUCUUAUGAUGGCUCUAAAUUAUUGAUAUAAAGCAGUUAAGAACUAUUGAUAAUUGAUCUAAAAUAGAGAGAAAUAUAUAAAUAAUAUGAUAAUUGGUAGUGCGCUGAGCAAAUAAUUUUAUCCCGAGAUGGGUAAUAUAUAGCAACAUAGACAGACCAUGGAUCCAAAAUUAAUAUCUAUAGCAUAGCAGAUGUGAAGAGUUCUCUAAAAUAUUUUCAUNUAAAUUAUGGAAUAUUGAAGCUAAUGAUUAAUUAGAUUUGAAGCAAGGACAUUAAGAAAGUGUAAAUUCAUUAGCAAUAUCAAAGGAUAGUUUAAUUUUAGCUUCUGGAAGUGAAGAUUUAAAUAUUAAACUUUGGGAUUUGUUAGAUAUAAAAUAUUUAAUAAGUUUAGAAGGGCAUACGAGCAAAAUUAAUUGUUUAGAUUUUUCAUAUUGCUCAAAGUGGCUUAUAUCUGGCAGUUAAGAUAGAACAAUUAGAUUAUGGGAUGUAAGAAAUCCGAAUGAUGCAAAAAUAUAAUAUGUAAUUAAUGAAGCCUUUUUUACAAUAAGUUGGGUAUAAUUUUCCCCAAAUGGUAAGACAUUUGCAACUAAGUUGUUAGAUGUUUUGUAUGAAAAGCAAGAACAUAAAAUUUAAUUUUGGAAUUUAGAUAAAAUUGGAAUUUAAAACAUUUAAAUAAAGCCACCUAAACUGAAAGCAUAAUAAUCAUGUUUUACUCAAAAUGAUGAAUACAUUUUUUAAGGGUUUGAAAACAAUAUUUAAACAUAUUAAUUAUAAACUUGCUAGUAUGAUUUAUUGGAUGGUCAUAAAAAUAAGAUAAUUUUUAUUGAUAGCUCAAAUGAUAAUACUAAAAUUGUUUCAAUAGAUUUAUAAUAAAAUAUGUUUUUAUGGAAACAUAAUAAAAAUAAAUGGGAAAUAUAAUCUAUAUCCCUUUUUGAACCUGUUUAAAACAAAGUAAUAUUUUCACCAGAGAAUACUAUUAUUGCAUCUUUAAAUGAAAAAUCCAUAACUUUAACAUAAGUCUAAGAACUUAAGUAAAUUGAAAUCAUCAAUGAAUAUAAUUUAAAUUCUGGUACAAUUAGUGUAUUAACUUAAUCUUAUGAUGGCUCUAAAUUAUUGAUAUAAAGCAGUUAAGAACUAUUGAUAAUUGAUCUAAAAUAGAGAGAAAUAUAUAAAUAAUAUGAUAAUUGGUAGUGCGCUGAGCAAAUAAUUUUAUCCCGAGAUGGGUAAUAUAUAGCAACAUAGACAGACCAUGGAUCCAAAAUUAAUAUCUAUAGCAUAGCAGAUGUGAAGAGUUCUCUAAAAUAUUUUCAUCUUCUUCCCCAUCCAAUUUCUUUUCAAUUUAAUUAAAAUGAUUCAAAUGUAUUAUACGUAACACAAAAUGCAGAAGACAAAAUAAUUAUUAAAAUCCUAAAUAUUUCUUAAAAUACACAAGAAGAAAUUUUUUUCUAACAUGAAUCAUCAAAUUGGGAUAAGUUUUAUAUAUCAAGCAACUUUAAUUAUGUUGUGGCAAUUACAAAAGAUUCCAAUUUACAUGUUAUCAACACAAAAAAUAAUAAAUAGUAUAAUUCCGAAACUUCACUUCUUACUAAUAGAACAAUUUAAUGUUAUGCAUUUUCACAAGAUGAUAAAUUUUUUAUGGUUUCAACUAAUCAUAAUUGGAUGUAUUUAUGGAAUAUAAAUGAUUACAAAGAAUGUGAUGAAUUUGAAUGUUUCAUAAAAAACGAUAUCAUCUAUUUAGCAUUUUCUUUGGAUGAUUAAAUAAUUUGUUGUUAAGAAACUUUAAUUUUUUUAAUAAAAAUAGAAUAGGAUUAAAAAUUAAAAAUUAUUAGGUAAUUUUAAUUACCUUAUGAAAUAAAUUUAUGCUCUUUUUCUGCUUAAAAUUAAUAAAUUUGUUUGGUAAAUCAAAAUUCUACUAAAUUAUUGAUAGCCACUUUGAUUGACAGACAAUAAAAAAUCUUAGUUGAAUCAGAUAUUAAUGAUUUUUGUUUCUCUUCUGAUUUCUAAUAUAUUGCAGCCGUAACUAAAUCAUCUUUAAUUUUUCUGGACACCAUUAAUUAUAAAGAAUUAUUACGGGAUAAAAAUUGGUUUGGAUCUAUAAUUUAGUUUUUGGGGAAAAAUUAAUUAAUUUUAGGUUUCGAACAAAAAUUGUAUUUCUUAGAUAUAUCAAAUCUUAACCAGAUUAAAGAAAUAAAUUGUAUUGAAAAUCGUACAGAUACAAUAUGUAUAUCGGUCUCCAGUGAUUUAAUUUAUUUAGCUUAAAAAGUUUCUUUUAAUCGUACAAUAAAAUUAUGGAACAUAAAAAAUAUGUAGUAAAUUUUUCUAGAAAGAAUUUAUAGCAAUGGUUAUUUUGAAAAUUAAAAAGUCUUAAUUUCUAAAAAUAACAAAUUUCUGAUUUUCUAUUUUAACUAAAGUUUAUAAUUAAUAAAUAUUUAGGAGGAUUGUAAAUAAUUAUUUGUCAUUGAAUUUAACAAUGAAUAAGUGAAUGGAUUUUAAUAUUCUUCUGAUGGUAAGUAUUUCGCAACAAUAAUCGAUGGAUAGCCAAAGCUAUAUAAUUCUGAGACUUAUUAAUAAAUAGAAUUAGUUAUUGAUGAAACAGAAGUGUAAGAAUUAGUUUUUUCUUAAAAAAAAAAUGUUUUAGCAAUGAAUUGCUCAACAAAAGUAGUUUGUUUAUAAUUUGGGAAUGGAAUCAUUUUAAAGAGAUAAGUAUUGGAAAAGUUUAAUAAUAAAAUAUGCGCAAUAACUAUAUCACCCUUAGGAGAUAAAUUGAUUAGUGGAGAAGCCGAUUCAUCAAUACGAUUAUGGGAUGUAGAUAAAGAAAAUUGUUUAAGCGUCAUUAAUAAUCAGAAUGAUUAACCAAUUGCUUUUGCAUUUUUUCCUAAUGGAAAAGGAUUUGUUGGGGGUAUUAAGGAUGGUUCAGUAAAUUUAUAUCGAAUUGAUUCAAAGAAGAAGACGUCAAUGCAAAAAAAGCAAGAUUAGCAACAAAUAGAAAAAUUGGGAUUUUAGGAUGAAGAACUAUUUUGCUCUUGUUGUAAAUCCUUUUCAAGAAAUUCUUUAAUAUUAGCUCAUAAUUGCAUAUUAUUCUAAUCCAAAAUUGAAUAAUCAAAAAAGUCGAUAUCUGAGUUAUUUAUUUAAAAAGGAGCAAUAUUUAAAUCAAUAGAAUCCAUCAAUUGA